ACUGGUUCCAGUGGGCGUGACCCAACCAAACCCCCGCUUCGCCGUCGCGCCUCCGUCAACCCGCCGCUCCGUUGUGCACUCCGACGACUCGGGAGGUCUCCCGUCCGCUCCCAAACCCAACAAGCUUCGUCGCCGCGUCCCAAAGCCAGUUCCACCUCGCGGAGGCGGUGAGCGGCGGUGCUUGUAUUGGUUAACUGGCUGGUGGAUCUCUCGGAGCCAGAAGGAUGGCGCUCGGCGCCCGCCUCCUCCUGGGCCUCGCGCUACUCGCGGCCCUAAUCGGGGUCCUCCUCCAGCUCUACCGCCUCAGGAAACCGAGAUUGUGGACAUUGGAGGAAUUGUCGAUAUAUAACGGAACGGAUGAGGGGUUGCCCAUACUACUUGGGAUUUUGGGCUCGGUGUUCGAUGUCACAAAAGGAAGGUCACAUUAUGGCCCUGGAGGAGGUUAUCAUCACUUUUCUGGCAGGGACGCAUCACGAGCGUUUGUUUCUGGAAAUUUUACAGGUGACGGGCUGACAGAUUCAUUACAGGGAUUAUCUAGCAUGGAGGUAAAUAGCAUUGUUGACUGGAGGAAACUUUACUUUGACAAAUACACAUUUUCUGGUAAAAUUAUUGGACGCUACUACGACAGCCAGGGCAACCCUACAAAAUAUCUGAAGGGUGUAGAGAUGAAGGCAAAAAGAGGUGCUCAGCUUCUUGAGAAGCAGAAGAGUGAGGAAGACAAAAUACCCAACUGUAACUCAAAAUGGAGUCAGGCAGAGGGUGGAGAAGUAUGGUGCGAAGCAGGAGCAGGCUAUCCAAGGCUGGUGAGGAGGCCAGGCGACAUAGCCCUGACGGGAAAGGUGAGCCAGCGGUGCGCCUGUUUCCAGGAAGCGGAGCUGGGCAGGCCGGGGCUAGUGGUGUACGAAGGCUGUGAUUAUCUCUCCACGUCUUGCAAAGUGAAGUAGUAGUAGAAUGUACGCUUGCAAUGGCCUCUUUGGCUUUUACUCAUUGCUAGAGUUGUAACAGUACUACGGUACAUCACAUGAUGAUCUCUCAUUCUCCUGAGAGUAGUGGAUCGCCAAUCCUUGGGAGUAUCUACCGCCAUCGUGUUGCUUCUGAAGUGAAGAUCUGCAAUCGAUUGGGAAUGUUACUUGCGAUCAAAUCAUUUGGAGCCAGGGGAUGUCCAUGAUGUAUCGAUGUUGAUGAUACUCCCAACUGUCAUGGGACCUUGGGUAAGUAGAUAGAUGGUGUAGACGCUGUUGGCUGUAUUCGCAGAUUCAGUCAAUUCACCUGUACUACGUA